CGUGACAUCGUAGAAGAUUGCAGGAGAUUGAGCGUUGGCCGCCGUUGGCGAUUGGCAACCCUGUGAAGUGUGCAUUUCAACAAUUGUAAGCGAUAUCCCGGAAGUUUACGGCAAAAGUGAGCAAAACUAAACUUUAACUGGCGAGCGAGUAUUCAAAUACGAAUAUAAAUAUUGACGGAUACUGACAAGUAUUCGGAGGAGGCACUUAUCAAGCAUCGAAGCCGCGAAUCUCAUGUGAUCAGCAUUUAGCAGCGUUCUUACGCAGAAGCAGCAGCGUCAUGAGCCUAAUCGCGGAUCCAUUUCUGUUCGUAAUCGCGCUAUUUGUCACGGGCUGUGUGCUGUUUCUUCUGGUGUAUUAUAUUAUAACGCUGUCUGAUCUUGAGUGUGAUUAUCUGAAUGCACAAGAAUGUUGUUCCAAGUUAAAUAUGGGAGUUUUGCCAAAGUUGAUAGGACAUACGUUUGUGGUAUUUCUUUUAUUGAUACAUGGACAGUUUAUAUUAACGCUGAUGAACAUACCAAUGUCAAUUUGGUUGUUUUACGAGUACUUUAGCGUUCCCAGUGGUAAUAUGGGAGUUUAUGAUCCCACAGAGAUUCACAAUCGCAGCAAGUUAAAAAGAUACACGCGUGAUUGUAUGAUUCAUCUCGGAUAUUGCAUUGUAUUCUUUUUCAUUUAUCUUUAUUGCAUGAUUGUGGCGUUACUCAAGGGAGACCCGAUCAAUAGAAACGACGACAUAAUAGAUUUGUAAACAUACAGAAAAUUAAAGCAAAAAAAAUCUUUUUUAUAUAUAUAUUAUGUUUACGUUAUCUUAUAUUCUAAUGAUAUAAGAAUUUUUUACUUCCACUAUAUUUACACAGCACAUCACGUUCUUUAAACAAUAAGUGUUAUUUAUGAAAUGCUUUUCCCAUUAUUUAAGAAUCAUUUUUAUUUAAAUAUUUAGCUGAAUACGUGUAUUGCUUUCAAAUAACUGCUAUCAUUUUGGUUCCAAUUUAUUUCAAGAUAACAAUUUCUGAUAAAUAUUUUUCACUCUUUCGUCUACUUGAUAUUUUUGAUAAUACUUUUGAUUUCAAGGCCUAAAACUAUUAUUCGCGCUAAGGCCUAAUAAAAUAAAUGGGAACUGUAUAGAUAUCAACGAAUACCAAAUGUAUUAUCACGUUCAUUUGCGUAUGCGAACAAUCUUAAGUUUCUAGUCGUAAACGAUGUAAGAGUGAAUGUCUGUAUCAUAAUAGGGAUUGCGUGUUUAAGAGUAAUAAUACAAUCGUAAUAUUUUAAUAUUA